AUGGCGGAUCUUACGAGGCCGCCCCUGUGUGACAUCAAGCGACCCGAGGAAGUAGUGAAGAUGUCGAUGACGGACAACCUCAAGUUCGCCGUCCUGAUCGGGCUGAUCGAGGUCGGCCAGGUGUCGAACCGGGAGGUGGUCAACACCGUGCUGCAUCUGCUUGUUGGCGGCGAAUUCGACAUGGAGCUGAACUUCGUCGUGCAGGAUGCGCAAAACGUGAAGCACAUGUUGGAGCUGCUGGAUCACUGCCCAGCGAACCUGCAGGCCGAAGUGUGGAGCGUAUUCAUUGCGAUCCUGAAGAAGAGCGUACGCAACCUGCAGGCCUGCACCGAGAUUGGGUUGAUCGAGCAUGUCCUUGCUCGACUGCAGCAGGCCGAACCCAUCGUGGCCGACCUGCUGAUCGAGAUGCUCGGCGUGCUGGCUAGCUACAGUAUUACGGUGAAGGAGCUGAAGUUGCUGUUCGGUGCGAUGAAGGCCAUCAACGGCAAGUGGCCACGCCAUUCAGCCAAGCUGCUCAAUGUCCUGAAGCAAAUGCCGCACCGAAACGGGCCGGAUGUGUUCUUCAGCUUUCCAGGUCGGAAGGGUUCGGCGGUUGUACUGCCUCCCCUUGCAAAGUGGCCGUACGAGAGUGGGUUCACCUUCAGCACCUGGUUCCGGCUCGAUCCAAUCAACUCAGUCAACAUCGAGCGAGAAAAACCCUACCUAUACUGCUUCAAAACGUCCAAAGGAGUCGGCUACACGGCACACUUCGUCGGCAACUGCCUCGUGCUGACGUCAAUGAAGGUGAAAGGCAAGGGAUUUCAGCACUGCGUCAAGUACGAGUUUCAACCGCGCAAGUGGUACAUGAUUGCCAUUGUAUAUAUCUACAACCGGUGGACGAAGAGUGAGAUCAAGUGCCUGGUGAACGGUCAGCUGGCGUCGAGCACGGAAAUGGCCUGGCUCGUAUCGACGAACGACCCGUUCGACAAGUGCUACGUCGGUGCGACACCGGAACUGGACGAGGAGCGCGUUUUUUGUGGCCAAAUGGCCGCAAUCUAUCUAUUCUCCGAAGCUCUUACCACGCAACAAAUUUGCGCAAUGCACCGACUCGGCCCGGGCUACAAGUCCCAGUUCCGGUUCGACAAUGAGUGCUAUCUCAAUCUGCCGGACAACCACAAGCGGGUGAGUGAUGCGAAAGCCGUCCUAUCCUCGCUUUCACCAACGCCACUGGCUCCGACCGAGUCGACUAUCCAUAGAAACCUAGUUAGUGGCAGUGCCAGCGGUGUGGCUGCUGCCAGUGCCGCAGAUCCGCCCUCGUUUUCCUCGUCCUCGGCCGCGGUUCCGGCCACCGCUGGUGUUGCGCUUGCUUCUGCUGCCCCGGGUUCCGGUGGCGAACCGUUUGAUUUAGUAUCCGUUCUUUACGAUGGCAAACUCUCGAGUGCUAUCGUUUUCAUGUACAAUCCUGUCGCCACGGACGGUCAACUGUGCUUACAAUCGGCUCCCAAGGGCAAUUUGUCGUACUUCGUGCAUACGCCGCAUUCGCUCAUGCUGCAGGACGUGAAGGCGGUAGUGACACAUUCCAUCCACUGUACGCUGAACUCGAUCGGCGGCAUACAGGUGCUGUUUCCUCUAUUCUCCCAGCUUGAUAUGCCAUACGAAGGCACUGACGUUAGGAAGGACCCGACGCUAUGCGCCAAACUACUCGGUUUUAUAUGCGAGCUUGUCGAAAGCUCACAAACUGUACAACAACACAUGAUCCAGAACCGUGGCUUCCUGGUGAUAUCCUUCAUGCUGCAGCGGUCCUCUCGCGAUCACUUGUCGCUAGACGUGCUUGGCUCGUUUCUCAGCCUCACCAAGUAUCUGGUGACCUGUCUGUCCGCCAACUCGGACUUGUUGCUCAAACAGCUCUUCUGUUUCUCUUUCCUCACCUGGCAGCUGCUAGACCAUGUGCUCUUUAAUCCGUCGCUGUGGAUCUACACUCCGGCAACGGUGCAGGCACGAUUGUACGCCUACCUUGCCACGGAGUUCCUCAGCGACACGCAGAUCUACAGCAAUGUACGUCGCGUCAGCACCGUCUUGCAGACAGUGCAUACGCUCAAGUUCUAUUACUGGGUGGUGAACCCGCGGGCCAAGAGUGGCAUCACGCCCAAGGGUCUAGAUGGGCCGCGACCGGCUCAGAAGGACAUACUUGCGAUCCGGGCGUACAUACUGCUGUUCCUCAAGCAGCUGAUCAUGAUUGGUAACGGCGUGAAGGAUGACGAGCUGCAGAGCAUCCUGAACUAUCUGAUGACGAUGCACGAGGACGAGAACCUGCACGACGUCCUGCAGAUGCUUAUCUCGCUGAUGUCCGAACAUCCCAGCUCAAUGGUGCCGGCGUUCGACGUGAAGCAUGGUGUACGUACCAUCUUCAAGCUAUUGGCCGCCGAAAGCCAACUGAUACGACUGCAGGCGCUCAAGCUGCUUGGUUUCUUCCUGUCGCGCAGCACGCACAAGCGAAAGUACGAUGUUAUGUCACCACACAACCUGUACACGCUGCUCGCCGAGCGGCUGCUGCUGUACGAAGAGUCGGUCUCGCUGCCCACCUACAACGUGCUGUAUGAGAUCAUGACCGAGCACAUCUCGCAGCAGAUCCUGUACGCGAAGCAUCCGGAACCGGAGAGCCACUAUCGGCUCGAAAACCCUAUGAUCCUGAAGGUAGUCGCAACACUCAUCCGUCAGUCGAAGCAGUCCGAGCAGCUGAUCGAGGUGAAGAAGCUAUUCCUCUCCGACAUGACGCUGCUGUGCAACAACAACCGCGAAAACCGGCGCACCGUGCUACAGAUGAGCGUCUGGCAGGAGUGGCUGAUCGCGAUGGCCUACAUACACCCAAAGAACUCGGAGGAGCAAAAGCUAUCCGAUAUGGUGUACUCGCUGUUCCGUAUGCUGCUGCAUCACGCUAUCAAGUACGAGUACGGUGGGUGGCGUGUCUGGGUCGAUACACUAGCGAUCGUACACUCAAAGGUGUCGUACGAGGAGUUCAAGCUGCAGUUCGCGCAGAUGUACGAGCACUAUGAGAAGCACCGGACGGAUAACAUCACCGAUCCGGCGCUCAGGCAGCAGCGUCCGAUCAGCACGAUCAGCGGUUGGGAACAUGGUGCCGGCAGCAAUGGUACUGCUGGCCCCGGUAAGGACACCGAUCUUGAGUUGCACGGGAAAUGUGUGAAGCAGCCGGGAGCGGCCAGUGUGUCCAUCGCGCCCGGAUGUGUUUGUGAACCGGAAACAGGAGAAACGAUGGUCGACACGAGCGUUGUCCUUAGCAAGGGAUCUGCGUUGGCUGGGUAUCAGACUGGUACAGGUACAUCGGACGAUGUACCGCUAGCCGGCAAUGGAUAUAUGCGUGGGGACGAGGCCGACCUCAUCGAGGAAGACGAACCUCCACCCGGACAGGAGCUCGAAGAGCCCGAAGAGGAUGAAGACGAUCCUGAAGGUGUUGAGGAGGAAGAAGAUGAAGAGGAGGAGGAUGAUGAUGAGCAGGAAGAUGAUGUGGACGAGGCACAAAGCCGGCAGGCUGUCAUCGCUAGCAACAAUCAAGCUUCGGAGAGUGUUGUGAAGAAAAUCGUUGAAGAAAUUGUCGACAAGUCGGCUAGCAUGCUGGAGCAUUGUGAGACGUCCUCGGACGGUCGCGAGAAUGACAUGGUGAAGGAGGCCCCUGCAGAACCUACGUCAUCACCGGUGAUAAAGGACGAGGAGAUCGAGCUGGCCGUCCACGAGGUGGUUAAGAUGAACCAAGGUUCGUUGAAGGCGACAGAAGACGACGAAUCCAGUGCAUCUGCCGUCGAUAACGUGAACAACAAUCAAAGUAGCAACGAUCAAGCGCGAGGUAGCGUAGAACCUGUAGGCAGUGUGUCAGAGCCUUCUUCUGGGAACAGCACACCUUCGGUCGCGUUCGCCAGUGAUAAGACAGAUGAUAGAGCCGUAGCAAUUAGCAAUAGCCAACCGUUGGCGUCUCCGGUGCUUCAAGGCGAAUCAGAUGCCACCAAGGUGGAGGCUGCUGUUGACGACAUCAUGAAGGAGCUGCUCGAUCGCUGCUGUCCUGCUGAUGAACGCGUAGAUGACGCACCCCACGAGCAUGACCAAACGAUCGAGUUAGCGGCUGAGAUGCAGCAUGUCGUCGAAUCGAUCAUAACAGAUGCCGUCGAACAUGCAGAAAAAGGUGCAAGGACCAGCGAAGAGACGUCACCUGAUGCUACGAUCGAGGAGCAAAGUAGUGAGCAGGAGAAUGGAACCCAAAACCACCAUCAUCACCAUCGGCACCAUCUGCACCAUCACCACCAUCAUCACCACGGAGGUGAAGAACAUCAGCGAAUUUCGGUAGUAUCUGACGCGAUGGAAGGCAUGGCAAUCGACGACAAAGGAACCGGUCUGAACGAUGUGGAGGAAGAUGAUGUAGAUGAAGAGGACGAUGGUGAGAUGCUGGUGGUGGCGACGGAAUCCGAGUGUCAUUCCGAACCGAUGAUCGAAGAUGUUGAAGCUAUCACUUCAGGUGCUGCCGGGUCCAAGGAUGCCUUGUCCGAUGCGUCAGUUGUCAAUUCCACCAUCGUCUCUGGGACCGGUGCGAAGCGUGCUGUGAGCGUGUCCACCAACACCCAGCAGUACAUCGACGCACAGUCACACCCAAAGCAGCAACAGCAGAUGGCACCAGCACAUCAACAACCGACUGGAGUGCCGUUGGCGCCUCAGCAACAGUCCAUAAUAUACGAAGGCACCAGUGGCAAACGAUCGAAGUCGGCGUCGACACGCCCGAUGUUCUCGCCCGGACCAACGCGGCCACCUUUCCGUAUACCGGAGUUCAAGUGGUCGUACAUCCAUCAGCGUCUGCUCUCGGACGUGCUGUUCUCGCUCGAGACGGACAUCCAGGUGUGGCGCAGCCACUCGACCAAGAGUGUGCUCGACUUCGUCAACUCGGCAGAGAACGCCAUCUUCGUCGUGAACACCGUACACCUGAUCUCGCAGCUAGCUGACAACCUGAUCAUCGCUUGUGGUGGUUUGCUGCCAUUGCUGGCUAGUGCUACCUCACCAAACUCUGAACUGGACGUGCUUGAACCAACGCAGGGGAUGCCACUAGACGUGGCCGUCUCGUUUCUGCAGCGACUUGUCAACAUGGCGGAUGUGCUCAUCUUCGCCAGCUCGCUCAAUUUCAGUGAACUCGAGGCGGAGAAAAACAUGUCAUCGGGUGGUAUUCUGCGCCAGUGUUUGCGGCUCGUUUGCACGUGCGCCGUCCGUAACUGCCUCGAGUGUAAGGAGCGCACACGUGGCCUCUACAACGGGAUGUCCUUGAAGGACAUUCCGGGUGGUGUGCAUUUACAGGCGUUAAUUCGCGGUGCUCAGUCGACGUCAAAGACAAUCAUCGAGUCGCUGUCCGGACCGAUGAGCCCGGUUAAGGAUCCAGAGAAACUGCUACAGGAUAUGGACAUCAACCGGCUGCGGGCGGUGAUCUAUCGCGACGUGAAACGACUUUUUCAGGAGGAAACCAAACAGGCCCAGUUCCUGUCGCUCGCAAUCGUGUACUUCAUCUCCGUACUGAUGGUUUCGAAGUACCGCGACAUCUUGGAGCCACCAGUCGAGCUGCAGAUUCAUCGCAACUCGUCUCCAGUCAUACACCGGUCGACGCCCACUCAGGAGUCGAGCAAUCGGCCGCUAUUCCCGCAAUGGUCACAUCACGUUUACCCGCAGUUCCUGCCCGGUUCCCAUCCGAACCAUCAACCAACGGUUCCAUCGGCCACCGGUGUUCCUGCGGCGAUGCAUCACGGCAGCAGCAACACCAUCACCUCCGCAUCCUCGCAAACCAUCUCCUCCUCAUCGGGCUCCUCGUCCGCCGGUGGCUGUGGCAACCUGCUGAACAACAACAACAACAACACCAACCUGAUCAACAACAACAGCAGCAAUGCGGGCAACAUCAACCACAAGGAUGCGGGUGGUAGUGUCCUGAUCGGGGGUGCAGGUGUGAACGGUGCACUGCCGAUGUACUACGGCAAUGCGGCUGCCACCAUCAACAGUACGGCUGCCACCAACGCCAACAACGCGAUCAACAACAACAACCAGGGUUUCGGUAGUGGUGCCGCCGUUGGCGGUGGAACUGGUCCAAGUCCCGGCAACUGCAUCUUUACGAGCGAAAUGCUGAAUUGCUACUCUCCGGCGGCAGCAGCUGCGGCGGCUGCUGCAGCAGCCGCCAUCGCAGGUGGACAUCUGCACCAUCAACAUCAGCAACCGCAGCAGCACGGGCUGAACAACAACUCGCUGACGGCGCUGGCCGGUGCGGGUGGGCCCGGUCCUUACGGGACUGGUGGCGCUCCUGGUGGCAUGUCACAGCAACACCUGCGAGGAAUAGGACGAGCUGGAACGGUCGCCGCCUCUACCGCUCUGCAUAACGGUGUCGUUGGCCACACGGUCGGCGGCAAGCUGUCGAAAGGAACCCAAUCGAUGCAGGAAGGAGACUACGAGGUGAUCGUAGUGGACGAGAACAAUUCCUCGGUCAUAGCCGACAAUGAUUCGCACUCGAGUGGUCCGCUUUCGAUAAAGGCCGUUACCUCGGCCAGUAAUUCACGCCGAGUAUCGGCAGCUAAACAACCGGAUCAUGCGUCCUCUUCGGCAUCAGUGACAUCGCCGUCGGAGCCAGGGACCAACGAGCUUCGGCUCCAGUCCUGUUACCAGCAACCGAUGCUAUCUGCUGGAGCGACGACGACUACAACGACGGCCACGGUAACUCCUGCAGUGACCGCCACCAUUGACGUGAACGAGCGUCCAGAGGUGGAACAACUUCCUACCGCUGGUGAUCGUCAGGCACAGCCCUCUUCGCACGGGCAGCCGAAGAGCGUAGAUUCUGAUGGUGGCUCGCUGAACCUUAACUCAACGGAGAACGACCCACAGGAGGUGGAAACAUCAAGUGAGAUCAUGCCGGACGACAAUAAACCGACUAACUCGAACGACGAAAGCUGGACCGACGUGAACCUAAACGACGAUGGUGCCGGCGAGAUAAAACCCCGCACCGAUGGUUCUGUUGGAAUAGGAGUUGGUGUUGGUGCUACCGGAAAUGGUACGAGCGCCGGUGGAUCGAUGCCAGGCACGCUCGGAGGUCGCAUGGAUACCUCCGGAGGACCGAGUGAUCUCGGUGUUGGAGUGGUCGGAGGCGUAGGUGCCGGAGGUGUUAAACACGAAUCAGAUAUUGCAGUAGUUCGCGUGCCGGACGGGUAUGGUGGUCAAGUCGUGCCGUCAUCAGGUUCCGUCCGAGGCCGACCGGAGGAUCUCAACCUGAAGGCACCAUUCGUGAGCCAACUCCCACUGACGAUACCGUCGCGUGAGGCGAGUCUCACCCAGAAGUUGGAGAUCGCCCUCGGACCUGUCUGCCCGCUGUUGCGCGAGAUUAUGGUGGACUUUGCGCCGUUCCUGUCGAAGACGCUGGUCGGCUCGCAUGGCCAGGAGCUGCUGAUGGAGGGCAAAGGUUUGACAACGUUCAAAAACAGCCAUUCGGUGGUGGAACUGGUGAUGUUGCUAUGCUCACAGGAGUGGCAGAACAGCUUGCAGAAGCACGCUGGUCUCGCUUUCAUCGAGCUAAUCAACGAGGGUCGGCUGUUAUCGCACGCCAUGAAGGAUCACAUCGUGCGGGUGGCCAACGAGGCCGAAUUCAUUCUCAACCGAAUGCGAGCGGACGAUGUUUUAAAACACGCUGACUUCGAAUCCCAAUGCGCCCAGACGUUGCUAGAACGUCGCGAGGAAGAACGCAUGUGUGAUCACCUGAUUACGGCAGCACGUCGUCGUGACAACGUCAUCGCUAGCCGGCUACUGGAGAAGGUGCGCAACAUCAUGGGCAACCGGCAUGGUGCGUGGGGUGAUAUGAACGCCAACUACCAGAAGCAGAUCUUCUGGAAACUGGACGCCUGGGAAGAUGACGCACGUCGGCGUAAGCGGAUGGUACAAAAUCCGCGUGGUUCUAGUCAUCCUCAGGCAACACUGAAGGCGUCCCUCGAAAAUGGUACGGCACCACCAUCGGUAACUGGUACUGGUGGGACAACAACAGCGGCAAGCGGCACUGGUGCAACAGCGACAGAAGAGAAUAGUGGCUCGGGAACUACAUCUCCGAACGGAGCACGGGCUGGUGCGGUGGCAAGGGAAGAAAUCUACUCGCAAAUCGCAGUACCACGCUCACAGCAGCCGGAUCUGCUCGAUGACUCCGAGCUGCUGAUCGAAGACCGUGAGCUUGAUCUUGAUCUCACUGGACCGGUGAACAUCAGCACGAAAGCGAAGCUGAUCGCACCCGGUCUGGUCGCACCUGGCACCAUGUCAAUUACCUCCACCGAGAUGUACUUCGAGGUGGACGAGGAGAACGUCGAGUUCCAGUCGAUCGAUCAGGAGGUGUUGAAGUACUGCGACCACCUACACGGCAAGUGGUACUUCUCGGAGAUCCGAGCCAUCUUCUCCCGUCGCUAUCUGCUGCAGAACGUGGCGCUUGAGAUUUUCCUCGCCAGCCGCACCUCGAUCCUUUUCGCCUUCCCCGAUCAGCAUACCGUGAAGAAGGUAAUCAAGGCGCUACCACGUGUCGGUGUCGGCAUCAAGUACGGUAUCCCUCAGACACGGCGCGCUUCGAUGAUGUCACCACGCCAGUUGAUGCGCAACUCGAAUAUGACGCAGAAGUGGCAGCGGCGUGAGAUCUCCAACUUUGAGUAUUUGAUGUUCCUGAACACGAUUGCCGGCCGGACGUACAACGAUCUCAAUCAGUACCCGGUGUUCCCGUGGGUCAUCACGAACUAUGAGUCACGCGAGCUGGACCUCAGUCAGCCAUCCAACUACCGCGAUCUCUCGAAACCGAUCGGUGCGCUCAACCCGAGCCGUCGCGAGUACUUCGAGGAACGGUAUGAGACCUGGGACACACCGGGAAUCCCGCCAUUCCACUAUGGUACGCACUACUCCACGGCAGCGUUCGUGUUGAACUGGCUCAUCCGCAUCGAGCCGUUCACGACGAUGUUCCUGGCGCUGCAGGGUGGCAAGUUCGACCAUCCCGAUCGGCUGUUUUCAUCCGUGGCACUGUCGUGGAAGAACUGCCAGCGUGACACAUCCGACGUGAAGGAGCUGAUACCCGAAUGGUACUUCCUACCGGAGAUGUUCUACAAUGCGUCCGACUAUCGCCUAGGGCAACGUGAUGACGGUAGCACUGUUAACGAUGUGGAUCUACCACCAUGGGCGAAAACCCCCGAGGAGUUUGUGCGCAUUAACCGCAUGGCGCUUGAGUCGGAGUUCGUGUCCUGUCAGCUGCAUCAGUGGAUCGACCUAAUAUUCGGUUACAAGCAGCGCGGACCGGAAGCAAUGCGAGCGACCAACGUCUUCUACUACCUCACGUACGAGGGCAGUGUUGAUCUUGAAACAAUCGGCGAUCCGGUGACGCGUGACGCCAUCGAAAACCAGAUCAAAAACUUCGGCCAGACGCCAAGCCUGCUGCUUAUGGAGCCGCAUCCGCCUCGCUCGUCCGCCAUGCACCUGUCGCCGAUGAUGUUCAACACGAUGCCGGAUGACGUGUGCAUGUCGCUCAAGUUCCACCUCAACUCACCUAUCAUACACAUCUCGGCCAACACCUAUCCACAGCUGCCACUCCCGUCGGUAGUCACGGUGACUGCCGGCCAUCAGUUUGCGGUGAAUCGCUGGAACUGUCAAUAUACAGCCAGCAUCCAGAGUCCAAGCUAUGCCGAAUCAACGCAGAACCUAAACACUAACCUACCGCUCACGAUGGAUCCGCUACUGUCCCAACUCAACGGACACAACAGCAGCAACCAACAGAAUCGGCGCCAUCUUGGAGAUAACUUUAGCCAAAAGCUACAGAUCAAGUCCAACUGCUACGUCACGACGGUCGACAGCCGGUUCCUGAUUGCGUGCGGUUUCUGGGAUAACAGCUUCCGGGUGUUCUCAACCGAAACCGCCAAGAUCGUGCAGAUCAUCUUCGGCCACUUCGGUGUGGUGACGUGCCUGUCCCGGUCCGAGUGUAACAUCACCUCUGACUGUUACAUUGCUUCCGGAUCCGCCGAUUGUACCAUCCUGUUGUGGCACUGGAAUGCUCGUACGCAAUCAAUCGUUGGUGAAGGCGAGAUUCCAACACCUCGUGCGACGCUAACGGGGCACGAAACGGCCGUUACAUCGGUGGUCAUCAGUGCGGAGCUUGGUCUAGUUGUUUCCGGCUCGAUAAAUGGUCCAGUGCUAGUACACACGACGUUCGGUGAUUUAUUGCGCUCGUUGGAGGCUCCCAAGGACUUCAUCUCGCCUGAAAACAUAACCCUAUCGCGUGAGGGUUUCAUCGUCGUCAACUACGACGAGGGUAGCGUCGCUGCGUACACCAUCAACGGGAAAUUGCUGCGAUAUGAGUCGCACAAUGAUAACCUUCAGUGCAUGCUGCUGUCACGUGAUGGCGAGUAUUUAAUGACUGCUGGCAACAAGGGCAUAGUGGAGGUUUGGCGAACGUUCAACCUGGCACCGUUGUACGCCUUCCCGGCUUGCAACAGCGGGAUUCGGUCACUCGCCCUAACGCACGAUCAAAAAUACCUGCUGGCGGGUUUGGCAACCGGUUCGAUCAUUGUGUUUCACAUCGACUUCAACCGCUGGCAUCACGAAUACCAACAGCGCUACUGAAGUCGCC